AUCGUGUCUUUCAUUGUCGUCCAGUCGCCUGCCUGCCUGCCCUCGACGCCGCCUUCCUCUUCCUCCCUCUUCACCACCUGUGCUCGACCUUGCUCUUCAUUCACACAGGCCACCAAAGCAAGAUCACGCGACUCAUCUCAGGUACUGGCAUAAGAUACAGAGAUUGUCCCACCCGGCAUUUGCCCUUCAUCUGAAACGGCAGCGCUUGCCGAUCGCCUGGAAGCCCAUCAGUACUACUCCGGCCGGCUUGCUAUCGUAUCCUUUCCCCACAACUAUGCUGUUCACACACUCCGCCAGCUUCACGCAGCCCGCGCACCAAUCUACCGCGCUGCAUUCGACAAUCUCGUCCUCUUCCUCCCAUCACAGCAACCUCACCAGCGGUAGCCCUCCCGGCGGGUCGUCCUCCUCCUCCACCGAGUCAAGCUCCCGCCGCCGAUUGCGAAGGCUAAGUCAGCUGCGCUAUAACCCCAGUCACCUGCUCUCCCGCGACAGCAGUAGCCACAACAGUCACGAGCACCAGUACCAGCAACAACAGCAAAACGCAGUGCCACGGUCAGCCCAGCAAGGCGCUUCGACAACCAGCAGGAACAGCAACCGCCUGACUUUGGUCAACGGAACGCAGCCCCAGACCACCAUAUCCAAUACAGCCUCGUCGCGGGCGCAGCCCACGGAAACCAACAGCGCAUUGUCGAUUGCCCCCUCGGAUAAUUCUGCCUCGACCACCAAUCGCACAGUCGACCAGGACAUCCCGCCAGUCCCGCCUCUGCCGCACUCUUCAAGCGAGAACAGCUUCGUCGAUCCGGCAGCGUCUCACAAUCAAUCAGACUCUACACCAGCGCCCCCGCCACCCCAGACGAGCGAUCCGCUGCUGAACCCACAGCCAACAAUGCCGCGACCCAGAGCCUCGACGACGGGUGAGAUGACAGGCGGCGCUGCGCCAGCGAGCACAGCUGUAAAUGCCGUCGAGUUGCUGCCUUCCAUCCGACUAUCGUCCUAUCUCGACCCUCGCUCGCCGCGCCCGUCGCUGUCGUUCUCACCCGUGACCCGAACGCUGCCAACCGGGACAGAAGUCAUUCGAGUCGGUCGUUACUCGGAGCGCGAGAAUCGCGACAUGGGCAAUGUGCACAACACGCAGCCUUCAGGAGCACCAGUCGGCUUCAAAAGCAAGGUUGUGAGCCGCCGGCAUUGCGAGUUUUGGUACGAGGAUGGCAAAUGGUUCAUCAAGGAUGUUAAGAGUUCAUCGGGCACAUUCUUGAACCACAUCCGCCUCAGCCCUCCAAGCCAGGAGAGCAAGGCAUUCCCCAUCAACGAUGGCGAUCUUGUGCAACUAGGGAUCGACUUCAAGGGGGGCGAAGAGCCCAUUUUCCGGUGUGUCAAAGUACGCAUUGAGCUGAAUCGUGGGUGGCAAAACAAGCUCAACACCUUCAACAUGGCUGCACACAAGAGGUUACGAACCAUGGGCAAGGACGCAGAGACGGCCAGCGUUGGUGGCUCUUCGCAUGACUGCUCCAUCUGCCUCAACAUGAUUGCUCCUUGCCAGUCGUUAUUUGUCGCACCAUGCUCGCACACAUGGCACUUUAAGUGUGUACGCUCGCUCCUGACAGGGCCGCACUAUCCUCUGUUUGUGUGCCCUAAUUGCCGCGCGGGAGCCGAUCUCGAAGCCGACGUAGAGGACGCUGCGGAAGAUUGGGAGCAGCUUCAGCACGAGGACGCGCAAGACGAAGCCGGCGCUCCUCCCACUAGCCAUGCAACCAGGGCGACACCUCCAACCACACCACCACCACACAACGAUAGUGACCCUAUGGACGAGACGAUGGCGCCGCAGCGAGAGAGCCAAAGCCCCGAACAGCAACAGGGCAAUCUUCCACACGCCAUUUCGGAACCUUUGCCUAUCAGCAACAGUUCGGCGAGGCAACACGCUACGCCGUCACCACCUGGCAAUGGCAAUACUGAAGGCCCGAUCACGCCGAGGAAUGAGGUCGGGCCUUGGGUCUUUGAUGGAGGUGCUGGACGCGCUCGGCAAGAGACAGAAGACUCAGAACUUGCCAAUAGUAUGACUGCAAAUCUGACCUUGGAUGGCACACUACAGGAAGCAAUGGCCACAAGGUAGCAAGAGAGGAGGAUACAACACGCGAAAGUAUAGUCGAAUGGCGGUACGUGUCUCGACCUGCAUUUAGCAUCACAUUGGGGCAGGGAGUUGGGAGUCAUAUUGGGCUGUCUGGGCCAACUCAUUU